CUGUUUCGCUGCAUGAGAAUUGAGAAAAGCCUUCAUCAGUCUCCAUUUUUUCUCUCUUUGUUUCUUUCUGUCUCUCUCGAUGUUUCUGUGUGGGUGUACUAUUUCAGUUAUUUCCGAUCACUGAUUGCGCCGAUCUGGACCUUACCUUCGUCCAAUCGGUUUUGGUUUUGAUUUUUGAUUUGUGUUGGAAUUACUGUUCAAAGAUAUUUUAAGGGUUUUAUUGAGUCUUGGUUGACAACCGGUUGGUGUGAUAAGGGAAUUCGGUUGCAACGUUGUGAAAAUCAUGUUGGGUUCUCUAUUGUUGGGCUGACUGUCGAGUACUGGAGUUGGUUGCCGGGUUUAGGUUGCCGACGUGGGCGUUUUACAAUAGAUGCAGCGUGAGUUCUUCUUGAUCUCGGUUAAGAUGCCUAGAAAACGAAGAAUACGUGAUAAUAGUUGUUCACCUCUUUUCUCUGAUCAAGUUGACCAUGUUGUUCCUUGCGUGACUCCUCCUGCAAAAAGACAAGGGAAAAGUGAUUCUUCUUCUGUUAAGAAAGCCAAGCAUUGUGGUGGUGUUGGGUUGGUUGGUGUACAAUUGAACGUUGGUUCUUCUCCAAGUGUUGGUUCUUCUCCAAGUUCAUCUAAUAUAAGGAUGGUUGGAAUAGAUGAGUGUAAUGAUUGUUCAGCGGAUAGAGGAAUCGACGCUUUGAAUGUGCAGCGGGUUAAUGUUGGGCAAUCAUGUUAUCAGAGGAAGAGAAGGAUACGAGGUAUAACUUCAGCAUACGUAGAUUUUGGAGAUAUGACAAAUGUAUGUGUUGAUUGUGAUGCGCUGUUUUGGUUACGUGAGUCGAAAAAUGUUCCAAAAAAUAGUCAACCUAUUUACACAGGUUGCUGCCAGGAAGGCCGGGUCAGAGUUCCGCGUGCCAAACCCACCCCAGCUUUUUUGGAACAUUUGCUAGACGCUGGAAAUGGUCGCCAAAGCGUAGAAUUUAGAAAGAACAUUCGAGCUUAUAACAGCACAUUUGCAUUUACAUCAAUGGGAGCUAAUGUGGACACAACAGUCAAUGAUGGUCAUGGUCCUUAUGUUUUCAAGAUUAGUGGGCAGAUAUAUCAUCUUAUGGGUUCAUUGAUUCCUCCAGUAGGUGAAUUGCCUAAAUUUGCACAAUUGUAUAUAUAUGAUACAGAAAAUGAAGUUGCUAAUCGUCAGCGAGCCAUUGAUGGUUUGGACUUGGAUGUUUUCAGUAGAUUGAUUGACAUGUUUGAUGAAAACAAUGAAUUAGUCCAGUAUUAUCGAUCUCUUCGGAACAAAUACAAUGACGCAUCUUUGCGUUCUAUGAAUUUGACAAUUCUUGACAUUGAUAUGAUAGGGGAUAGACAAUAUGAUGUCCCGAGUAGUAGUGAGGUUGCUGGUCUCAUUGUUGGUGAUAUUGGAUUGUACGAGGCAAAUAGAGAUGUUGUUGUGGACACUGUUGCGGCUGGAUUACAGCGAGUAUCAAGAUUACAUCCAAAAUUCAUGUCAUUCCAGUAUCCUAUUCUCUUCCCUUAUGGUGAAGAUGGUUAUCACAUUGAUUUGAAAUUAUGUACGCGCAAAGAUAAUCAAGUGCGGAAGCGAGAAAAAAUGUCUAUGCGUGGUUUUAUGUCUUACCAAAUACAUGAGCGCGAAAAUGAAUCAAACACUUUGUUCAAAGCAGGUCGUCUGUUUCAACAAUUCUUGGUUGAUGCAUAUGCAAAUGUUGAAGAGGACAGAUUGUUUUAUAUUAGAAAAAAUCAACGCGAUAUUAGGAGUGAGACUUACGAGGGUAUAUGUGAUGCCUCAUUAAGAGGACAUGAUGAUGGUGAAAAUGUUGGGAAGAGAAUUAUUUUACCUAGCACACACACUAGGAGUCCACGAUAUAUGAUAAAGCACUACCAUGAUGCUAUGGCUUUGUGUCGAAAGUAUGGCCCUCCAGAUUUGUUCAUAACAUUCACUUGCAAUCCAAAGUGGCCUGAGAUUAGGCGAGCAUUGCAAAACAAACAUGGUGACAGACCUGAAGAUCGCCCAGAUGUUGUCGCAAGAGUUUUCAAAAUGAAACAUGAUGAUCUUAUUGAAUACUUUAAGUCUGGGAAGCCAUUUGGCAAGAUCAUUGCAGAUUCAAUCAUCUCUGCUGAGCUGCCCGAUAAGAAUGCAAAACCAAUCUUAUUUGACAUUGUUCAACAAUUUAUGAUCCAUGGACCAUGUGGUGUGAUCAACCCUAGAGCACCCUGUAUGAGAGAGAAGAAAUGCAAAAAAUCUUUUCCAAAAGAUUACACGCAGGAUACAUUGUUUGAAUCAAAUGCCUUUCCAGUGUACAGACGUCGUGAUGACGCCUUUAAAUUUGUUAUGAAAAAUGAUGUGAGAGUUGACAAUGCUUUUGUUGUUCCUUAUAACGCUGAACUUUUGUUAAGGUAUAUAUCUGCACCUGAAGCUGCAUGGAGAUUAUUUGAGUAUCCAAUUCAUUCUCGCCAUCCACCUGUUGAAUUGCUAAAAGUACAUUUGCCUGGACAACAGACCAUUGUUUUUGGUCAGAAUCAACCGCUGACUUCAGUAAUCGAAAAACAAGGAUCAGAAGACACUAUGCUUACUGCAUGGUUCAAUGCAAAUGGAAAUAAGGAGUUAAAAGAUAAGGCAAAUAGAUUAACAUAUGGAGAGUCCCCUUCUGAGUUUGUUUGGAAUAAUGAUAGUAAAUCUUGGAAUCCACGGCAACGAGGUUUUGCAUUAGGUCGAUUAGCAAAUGUACAUCCGACAACUGGAGAAUUAUAUUACUUGCGCUUGCUUUUAAAUACACGUAAAGGCUGUACAAGUUUUGAAUCUAUUCGGACAAUUUGUGGUAUUGUUCAUUCUACAUAUCAGGAAGCAUGUCGUGCACUUGGUUUAUUAGGUGAUGACAAAGAGUGGAAUGAUGCUUUAACAGAGGCCACACCAACUGCAACUUCAUAUCAGCUGCGUCACCUAUUUGUUACAAUUUUAAUGUUUUGUGAUGUUUCAAAUCCAUGUCAUCUUUUUGAAACUCAUUGGCAUCAUAUGUGUGAUGAUAUUUUAUACAAUGUUCGGUCCGAUUUUAUGAUGCCGCAUUUAAACAUCCUUGAAAAAGAGUUGCGAAAUUCAUUAUUGUUUGAAUUGGAACAACUCCUCAGUAAUGGUGGGUCAUCAUUGGCAACAUAUCACUUGCCGUUGCCAGACAAGGAAACAAUGCUUCAGUUGAGAAACAAACAGUUAAGAGAAGAGUUAGAUUAUGAUUGUUCUGCUUUAGAGAAAGAACACCAAAAUUUGGUAUCUGAGUUAAACGAUGGUCAAAAAUUGAUAUAUGACAAUGUGCUUGAUGUUGUUUCUAAUAAAAGGACUGGGCUUUUUUUUGUGUAUGGCCAUGGAGGUACAGGGAAAACAUUUUUAUGGCACACGAUUAUUAGCAAACUAAGAUCUGAAAGAAAAAUUGUGUUGGCAGUUGCUUCAUCUGGAAUUGCAUCAUUAUUAUUACCGAAUGGAAGGACUGCUCAUUCUAGAUUUAAGAUACCAAUUGAUCUAACUGAUGGUAAGGUUUCAUCAAUCACAAAAGGAACACAUCUUGCGAAGUUGGUGGAAAAGACGGAUUUGAUUAUUUGGGAUGAGGCACCAAUGACAGAUAAAUGUUGUUUCGAAUGUUUAGAUACAUCACUUAGGGAUAUAUUAUCGUAUCGCUAUGCACCUGAAAAUGUUCCUCCAUUUGGUGGUAUGCCUAUUGUGCUUGGCGGAGAUUUUCGACAGAUAUUACCAGUUGUGCUUGAUUCAACAAAAGCUAAAGUGAUUGAAGCAUCACUAAAUAGUUCUUUAUUGUGGCCAUUGUUUAAGGUUUUUCGUUUAACUGAGAAUAUGAGGCUUCGUAAAAAGGGAAUGAGUGAUGAACAAAAACUACAAAUAUCACAUUUUGCAGAUUGGUUGUUACAAAUUGGCGAUGGAAAUGUUAGUGCUAUAGAUGAUGAGGAUGAUGAUAGAGAUGCAGCCUGGAUAGAAAUACCAAAUGACAUGUUAAUUGAUAACCCUAUUGAUCCAAUCAGUUCAAUAUUCCAUGCUACAUAUCCGGAUUUUCAAAAAAAGCUUUGUUUAGUUUUUACAGACAACACUAUGUCAGCAACAAUCACUCCAAUUUCAGCCAUACAACCAUCUGAAAAUGGGAAGACUAUAGAGGUUCGAGUAUGUCGAAUAUGGAGAGGGAAAAUAUUAAAUCCUAUUGAACGAAAUGAAGGUCUGCAAUGUGUAUUGGUUGACAGAAAUAUGAAUGCAAUUCAUGCAAUCAUAAAAGAAGCAUACUAUGAUUAUGUCAAGGAGAAACUUAUGGUAGGAUGUGUGUACCGGAUAUCAAAAUUUCACUCCAAAGAAUCCCAAGACAAGUACAUCAUCGUGGAACAUAGGGCGCAGUUGUUAUUUAACAACAGGACUCAGUUUAUUCCUCUGCCUAAAUUGCCUGAUAUUCCUCAGCAUUGGUUUCAAUUUGUGGAUUUUGAUAAGCUUCAUAUGCGUGAGAAUAAUGACACAGUUCUGACAGACCUCAUUGGUCGACUGAAGCUGGUGUAUCCACUGGAAGAAGCAUUUAUCGAUGGGAGGAAAGCACUGAAACGUUUACUCCACAUACAAGACGCAAGGAGGCAGGAUUUGAAACUCACUUUGUGGGGAACACUUGCAUCUGAAUUUGAUGUUGAUAUGAUAAAAACUUUACCACCUCCAGUUGUAAUGGCCUUCACAAGCACGAAAGUCAGGCGCUAUGAGAACACUAUUGUGAACAAUGGGUUGAGUACAUGUCUGUUUAUUAACCCAGCCAUUCCUGAGAUAGAAGAAUAUAGAGCAAACUUCAAUAAGCCUUACCAUGCUCCAAAGUUUAUAACAACAUCAUCUGCACGUCAUGAACCUGCUCCUGCUUAUCGAAAUGAAGAUGUAAUCAAUGUCAGCACCUUGAACUUGCAGGCUGGAAAAAAAGACAAGAGUCCCACUUUUGUCUGCAAAGCUAAGAUUACAAAGUUUAUGGUUCAACAAGGCUGGUAUUACCUGGGUUGCCCCACAUGUUGCAAGACUCUCAGGUUGGAUCAUAAUUCUGGAAAGCUUUGUUGUGGAAAUCAUGGAGAGCAGAUUGGCCAUCCCAUAUACAAAAUGGAACUACUGCUUGAGGAUGAAGAUGAUUCAACAACAGCUACAAUCAUAGGUAAAGCAGCGGACACCCUCUUUGGAAUAGCAUGUCAUGAGCUGGUGAAUGAAAAAGGAGAGGAUGACAAGUACAAUGUUCCCUCUGCAAUAGAGAAGGCAAAGAAUCAGUAUCAUGUGUGGCGUAUUGGCUAUGGCCUUAGAGAUGAGUUCUUGGUGAAGGAUGUUUACCUCGAGAAUAGAGACGAUGAAAAGCUGUUUAUCCAUGAUACAAUGUCACAGCCAACUACUCCGGCAAAGAGAGCAGCCCAACCCCAGAAGGAAGAAACACUGAAGGAGCUCUUGAACAUGGAAAUAAAAAAGAAACAAAAAAGAGGAGAAGGGAGCAAAGGGGCUUCCAAGUGA